CUCCAAGUUCACAUAGCUGGCCUUUAUCUCCGAGAGGCCAACAUGGAGCUUCCCUUUGACACCAGCUGAGUCCGGAGGCUUCAGCCCUUGGGAGACCAUGGAAAGGGACAGUCGCCAGAAUGCCUCCCCGGCAAGGACGCCUCCAGCCCGGGCAUCCCCGGGCCGAGCACCCCCAGCCCGCGCAUCACCUUCCAGGUCAUCGUCUGGCAGGUCCUCGUCUACCAUGUCAGCAUUCACGACAUCAUCUCCAACUCGAGUGUACCUUGUCAGAGCCACGCCAGUGGGGACUGUCCCUGUCCAUGCAUCUCCUGCCAGGGCCACACCAGCUGCCAGGGCCGCCGGGGAGAGCCCAGGUAUCACCUUGCCCAAGUUCACCUGGCGGGAGAGCCAGAAGCGGCUGCCACUCAUCGGAUGUGUCCUCCUUCUCAUCGCCCUCGUGGUGUCGCUCAUUAUCCUAUAUGGGGGACGAGAACCCCAGAGUCCAAGAGGCAUUGCAGUUUACUUCUGGCGGGGUCACACAGGGGUCAAUUACAAGGAGCCGAGAGAGAGCUGCCCUAGUCACGCUGUGCGCUGUGAUGGGGUCGAGGACUGUAAGCUGAAGAGUGAUGAGCUGGGCUGUGUGAGGUUUGACUGGGACAAGUCUCUGCUUAAAGUCUACUCUGGAUCCUCCCAUCAGUGGCUUCCCGUCUGCAGUGACAGCUGGAAUGACUCCUACUCGAAGAAGACCUGCCAGCAGCUGGGUUUUGAAAGUGCUUACUGGACAACCAAGGUGGCUGACAGGAAAGUUGACAGCAGUUUCUCAGUCUCCGAAUUUAACUCCACCAUCCAGGAGAGCACCUACACGUCUGAUUGCCCUUCCCAGCAGUAUGUUUCUCUACAGUGUUCCCACUGUGGACUGAGGGCCAUGACCGGGCGGAUCGUGGGAGGGGCGCUGGCCCCAGAAAGCAAGUGGCCAUGGCAAGUUAGCCUGCAGUUUUCCCGCACCCACAUUUGUGGGGGCACACUGAUCGACGCCCAGUGGAUUCUCACCGCCGCCCACUGCUUCUUUAUUACCCGGGAGAAGAUCCUGGAGGGCUGGAAGGUGUAUGUGGGCACCAACGACCUGCACCACCUGCCCGAGUCAGCCUCUGUCGCCCAGAUCAUCAUCAACAGCAACUACUCGGAUGACCAGGAUGACUAUGACAUCGCCCUCAUGCGGCUCUCCAAGCCCCUGACCCUGUCCGCUCAUGUCCACCCUGCCUGCCUCCCCAUGCAUGGACAGACCUUCGGCCUCAAUGAGAUCUGCUGGAUCACAGGCUUUGGCAAGACCAAGGAGACAGAUGAGAGGACUUCCCCCUUUCUCCGGGAGGUGCAGGUCAACCUCAUUGACUUUAAGAAGUGCAACGACUACUUAGUCUAUGACAGCUACCUUACCCCGAGGAUGAUGUGUGCGGGGGAUCUGCGAGGAGGCAGAGACUCAUGCCAGGGAGACAGCGGGGGGCCUCUGGUCUGUGAGCAGAAUGGCCGCUGGUACCUGGCAGGAGUGACCAGCUGGGGCACGGGCUGUGGCCAGAGGAACAAACCCGGCGUGUACACCAAGGUGACCGAGGUGCUCCCCUGGAUAUACAGCAAGAUGGAGAGGGAGGUGCGCUUCCGGAAAUCAUAAACAGCUGUCCUGCGCCAUCUCAGAGUCCACCGUGAGGACUCUGACCAAAGGGACUGAGCCAUUUGCAACCUCCUCCGGGCUAAAGGCCACCAUCAUUACUGCCACAUCCACUGUCUGCUGCCUCUGUGAAUGCACACGUGUGUGUGCAUGUGUGUAUGUUUACGUGUGUGUGUCGCUGCUCUCCCAGGGUCCUCAGAAAUCAGGAGAGCUGUCAGCUCUUCCCAAACCCCUGGCUGGAAAUCACCUGAAGACAACCGUUUGGGCCCCAAGAGGGGUUCCCCAACAUGGAAGUGUCCAUCACGGAUUGGGGAGCCGGAGCCCAGGGAUGGUCUGGAAGGCCACGUCAGGAAUUCUUGUUUCCCCGACCCUCACUGGAGACUAGUCCAGAACAGGCAGCCCCCUGUGGCCCAGCCAUCACUGCCAGCAAGGGACAGUAUCAGAUUUCACGGAGUGCCUGGACAGCCUCUAGUGGGAAGACAUUCCCGUUGACCUUCAGCCCAUCCCGCCCCCUCUCAGCCCUCUCGCUGGAUGCGGAGAGGGGCUGCGCCCUGGCUGUGCAGGCUGACCACUCAGCACAGGGCUUACUGCUUCAUUCCGUCACAGGCUGUCGGAGGCAAACUUCAUUUCAUUUUUAUAUUCAAGUAACGGAAGUAAAUGUAUUAUUUAAAGAUUCUCCCAAAGUUCCAGGAGCCAAGAGAGCUAGCCACUCAAUCGCCCCAAGAACUCUGAGGGACCCCUGGCAGCUGUGUCCCCCUGGCAUCCCGUGGAAUGCUCUCGGCCUCAAGGGGCCAGAUGAAGAGGCCCUUCGAGAUACUCAGGGAAGCAGAUCCAUCACCAAGACUGCUACACUGCUGCUGCACCCGGGGGCUACAGGAGCACGAGGGAACCGAGGCUGCUUCUCUGUUGGCCCCAGAGCCUGGGACAGUCCAGGAGGACGGGCAUCUCUGGUACACAGGGAUGUCCUGGGACUUUGGAAUUUCUUCUCAGCUUUCCCCAUCUUUCACCUUCUCAGGGACACAGUGUUGCCAUGAAAACUGCCUCAGAGAGAAAGCUGACUCUGUCCCCAGGCUGCCUCCAAACUGCUUUUCUGAAGGAUCUGAGUUGCCUCUCCUGCGGGGCAUCAGUGAGUCUGACCUCUGAGUCAGCUGAAGUCCCGGACUGUCUGCAUCCUUUUCUCUGGGGAACUUGGUUCUCCCACUGUCUCCUACCUUCCUUGGGUCUAUCUGAUGUUGCUGUGACUCCUAGAAGCGGAGUCCAAGCAGAUCAGCCCAGCCCAGCUAAGGCAGGUGGCAGCUUGGGGGAUAGACUGUUCUGGAAGAGCGGCUGGGAUUGGCUAUCAUGGCUCAGAAGGUUCUGAGGGGGCUGGUGAUGUGUCAUCAAGGCUGAGGUUGGGAACAGCAGUGUUCAUGUCCACAGCACCCCAGCAGUGAUCUUCAACAAUAAAAACUAUGUGACCUGAAA